AUGACAUCGAUGAUCGGGAAAGUGGGGCCCUUUGAUGGAACUCAAGAUGAAUGGAAAAACUACGUUGAACAACUAGGGUUUUACUUCAUGGCAAACAAGGUGACUGACAAAGACCAACGGAAGGCAGUUUUGUUGAGCCAACUCAAGCACCAGUGGCAGUACAUCAGACAUCAAGUAGGAGGGACCACACCAGAAAAGAGUAAGUUUUCUUGUUGUUUGGGUUGGCAUCUUCCCAAGCCAUGCCGUUUCCAGACAGCAGAGUGUAGGAAGUGCAAGAAGCGGAGCCAUAUUGCGAGAGCAUGCCGAAGUCAGUCAAAUCCACAAGGAGAAUCAAAGGCAGCUCACCAAAUAAGCCAAGAAGAGGAUUUCCAGGAAUCAGAAGAAAUGUUAGAGACGGCAAUGUACGUUGUACACAUAGUGGGGCGUGGCAAUGAAGUGAAGCCACUCAAGGUAAAAGUUGUGAUUAAUCAGCAGAAGAUGGAGAUGGAGAUAGACACUGGGGCAGCGGUAACUCUGGUGAGUAAAGCAUUUUCAAGGCAUUAUGGUCUAAACGGAAGGCCCCCCGGUUUACAUAGGCCACAAGUACAAUUAAGGACAUAUUCAGGGGAAUCACUAACUUUGGUUGGUGAAACAGAUGUGAAAGUGAGAUAUGGACAGCAAGUGGCUUCCCUGCCAUUGAUCAUUGUCAAAGGCAAGGGUCCAAAUUUGUUUGGUAGAAACUGGAUGCAGAACCUAAAACUGAAAUGGGAAGAGACAUUCCAUCUCCAUAUCACUGGUAGAACAUCACAUGAGGAAGGAAGGAUUCAACAUAAGGAGCUCAUCACCAAAUACCAGGAAGUAUUCAAGGAGAAGAUGGGACUACUGGAGGGAGCAACAGCAUCGAUAGCAGUGAGAGCAGAUACUGCACCUCGGUUUUUCAAGCUUAGAUCUGUACCAUAUGCGUACAAAGAGCUAGUCGAACAGGAGUUGAGACGGUUGACAAUUAACCAGGCUGCGCCUUGUGAGAAAGACCCAUUGCCAAAGAUCAAUGAUAUAUUUGCCUCUUUAGCUGGAGGUCAGUUGUUCACCAAGUCAGAUCUGAGCCAAGCUUAUCAGCAGGUGGCGCUGGAUGAGACGUCGCAGAAGUACGUAGUCAUAAAUACUCACUUGGGGCUGUUCAAGUACAAACACCUACCUUUUGGAGUGGCUUCGGGUCCAGCCAUUUUUCAUACGGUAAUGGACACUCUCCUUCAGGAUAUUCCCAUGACAGUGGUCUAUUUAGACAAUAUUCUAGUGAAAGGACGUUGUCUGGAGGAACACUUGCAGAACCUAGAAAUGGUACUACAACGCCUAGCCAACUCGGGAUUGCGACUAAAGCUGGCCAAAUGCACAUUUUUGCAGAAAGAAAUCAGUUACUUAGGCCAUACUAUCAACAGUCAGGGGCUAGCACCAGACAAGAAGAAAGUGAUGGCUAUUCAAGCUGCACCUGAACCCAAAAAUGUUACGGAAUUACGAUCCUUCUUGGGUAUGAUUACUUACUAUGGCCGGUUUUUACUGAAGCUGGCUUCAAGGCUGGCUCCACUGUGUCAGCUUUUGCCCCAGAACGUACGUUGGCAGUGGAAAGAUGAGCAUAAGGAAGCGUUCAGACGAGUGAAGAAGGCUCUUCAGUCUAGUCAAGCUAGCGACGGUACCGAGGGACCAAUUUCUUUCGCAUCUAGGAGCUUGGCUGAGGCAGAAAGGAGAUAUGCGCAGAUAGACCGCAAAGCACUCGCAUUGCUGUUCGGUGUGAAGAAGUUCCACCAAUACUUAAGUGGAAGAGCAUUUACGUUGUCAGGAGAGAAUAAGGGCGUGCCGUUGAUGGCAUCAGGGACAACAAAUGGCAACGCCAAUGCACUCAGUUGGUUACCUUCGUCUGAUAAACCAGAAGUGACAGAGGAUCCUAGUGAAUCGGUGCUAUCACUGCACAUCUUGGAAAUGACCCCUGCCAAACCAAUAACAACUGUGCAACUUCGGCAAUUUACAGACAGAGAUGGACAACUGGCAACUGUCAGGCAUUAUGUGUUGAGUGGAUGGCCAAGAGAAGUAGACUCCGAGCUUCGACAUUACUGGAAUCGCCGGCACGAGCUAAGUGUCUUGGGUGGUUGUGUACUGUGGGGGUCUCGAGUCAUUAUACCUCAGAAGGCGUGGCCGAGGGUGUUGGAGGAAUUACAUGUGGCUCACUCGGAGGUAUCUAGAAUGAAAGCCUAG